AUAUCUCUCUCUCUCUUCUCUCUUCUCUCUUCUUCUCCUCUUCUUCUCCUCUUCUUCUCUUCUCUCCUUUGGUAGUGAUCAAGAUGGAUAUGUACAAAGAUGAUAGCUCACCAUACUGUUAUUUCCAUCCAAAGGAAGAAUAUGUUGGAGUGUGUCCCCUCUGUCUGAACGAGAGGCUUCUGGUUUUAGCUUCAAAGCAGAGAUCAUUAAGACCCAAACACUCUUCCUCUUCACCAAUCAUCACUCUCCCUAAGAUCUUCGCCUUGAGCUCUCUCCUCAGUCGUCUCGAUCUCCGUCACCACCGGAAAUUCCAUCCCUCCUCCGAUCUUGACGUCUCCACAAGCCAAGAAGAUUCUUUUAUAUCGAUAAAAUUCGAAGACGAUGGAAACGCGUCGUGGGAAAAGAAAACAGUGUCAAAGGUUUGUGUAGACAACACAAACUCAACAUGUAAGAAGCAGCAGCAAUCCCCUAUAACGAGCACUACGAGUAUCGUAGAGCACAAUAGUGCCAAGACAUCGCUUAGGUGGCGCAAACGUAUUGGUCAUCUUUUCCACGUCAUCAAACUCAGAUCAGGAUCGACCACCUCUUCCUGCCACGUAGCAUCAUCCAAGGUCGAGGGAGCCAAAGUGAGGAAACAGGGUUGGAUGGUGAGGACCUUAACCAGAAGAAAAUCCAGGAAAAGUAAAAGUUGAUUUUUUCAUAUAAUUGUUAAUUACUUAAAACAUUAUAUUUUUCUAUCAUUUUUGUUUGUUUGUUUAAUAGUUGGUUUGGUCGUUUCUUCAAUGAUUGAUGCUUCUGUUUAAAGAAGAAAAAUGUGGAAGCUUUUUUUUGUAAGUAAUGACAAUCAUGGAUUCAAAUUCGAUUGAAA